GUGGCGUACACUCAAAGUCUGUGUGGUUCGAGGUUGGAAUUUUGGAAAGCGUAGUUCGUCCGAUCCACUGAUUUAUUUACAAAAAAAAGUCAAUUUUCUUGUGGUUUCCUGUAAAUUGUGAAAUUCGAGAUGUACGCGAUUACGCCUUACGACACGCCAUACGAUAAUUACGAAGGAGUUGAUGAUAAUGGCUAUGACUAUGACAGCGGCCAGCAUUACGAUUCUGAAGGGGAAAGGGGCAAGAGCGUUUCACAUAUGCACGAAGAGGUCGCGUCAUUCAUCACGUACUUUUUUAAAUGUAUCAACGAAGGACGGGUGUUCGAAAUUCAGAAUAUGUAUGAGAACAGCUUUACGAGGUUUUCCGAGAUCUACUUUGAAAAGAAGCCCUGGCCGAGUGAGCAAGAAGUGAUGCAGAUUAUGGGAAAGAAUACGGCCGAAAGCAUCCCCAUGGUGCUCUACAAGGAGCUUUAUUUCAGGCACCUUCAUGCCAACCUGCCUCAGACGGUGACACUAGAAUAUCGUAUCUCCUCGUUCUCAAAUUACUGCACCUUCAUCAAUAAGGUCAUGACCGACGGUGAGCCCGUCAACCUCGUCCUCCCUGACCAAUGGCUUUGGGAGAUUAUCGAUGAACUCAUCUACCAGUUCCAAUCGUUCAUACUCUUCAAGGCGAGAUUAUUUAAAAACAGUCCAGACGAAUACAACGCGAUCGUGAACGACUGCCCGCCUACGACCUGGAAUGUACUCUGCGUUCUCAACAUCCUCCACUCGCUCAUCGACAAGAGUAAUAUCAAGAAACAGCUCGAAGUGUACGCCAGGGGCGGCGACCCGAACUCAGUCGCUGGAGACUACGGAAAGCUCCCGUUAUACAAAAUGCUCGGGUAUUUCAGCCUGGUCGGGCUCCUGAGGCUUCAUUCUCUACUUGGCGAUUAUUAUCUUGCCAUCAAAGUCCUCGAAAACAUUGACAUACAUGAAAUGCACAAGAAGACACAGUAUGCACACGUCCCGGCGUGUCAAAUUUCGACUUCAUACUACGUCGGCUUUGCAUAUAUGAUGAUGAGAAGGUACUCAGACGCCAUUCGUACCUUCUCGUCCAUAUUGUUGUACAUCCAGAGGACUAAGCAGUUAUUCCAAUCAAAAACCUACCAGAAUGAUCAGAUUAAGAAACAGACAGACCAGAUGUACCAUCUUUUGGCCAUUUGCCUUGUCCUUCAUCCACAAUGCAUCGAUGAUUCAAUCCAGCAGUACAUGAAGGACAACAAGCUUUAUGAAAAAAUGUACAACAUGCAGAAAGGAGAGCUGGAGGAGUUCAAAUCGUGUUUCCAAUUCGCUUGUCCUAAAUUCCUGAGUAUCCCGCCGCCAAAAGCUCCAAGCAGUACAGAUCACGAUUAUGUGAUGGAGGCGAUUAACCACCAGACAGAUGUCUUCAUGCAGGAGGUGACGCAGCAGAUCCGCCUGCCGAUGAUUCGCAGCUUCCUCAAACUGUACACGACGCUGCCGUUGAUCAAGCUGACAACACUCGUACUCAACGCCAACAACUGCUCGACGCCCGUCAUGUCGAGCCAGGCGAUCGAGAAAGAAAAGGUGAACCUUCGCACGACCCUGUUAUGCUUCAAGCACAAAAUGAAGAAUGUCGUCUGGACCAAGGGGACUUCGGGGCUUGAAGGCUCCUUCCAAUCAGGAUCAGAACUCGACUUCUAUAUUGAUCACGACAUGAUUCACAUCGCCGACACAAGAGUCGCCAACAGAUACGGAGAUUUCUUCAUUAGGAAAAUUGUCAAGUUUGAAGAAUUAAGCAAUAAAAUCUAUGCUCUCAAACUUUCUUACUAAUGAAUUUUGUAAUUAUAUUUUAUAAUAUAAAAAUGUUGUUUCUCCA